AUGCGUGAACAUCAAUGUGUUACUAAUCCUCAAGAUUCUGAUAAGCAAUUAUCACUUAUUAAUUUACUUCUUUGUCUUGAAGAUAGAAUUAAAAAAGGUAAUCAGAUUAAAGAUGAAUGUCGACGUGAAAUGCUUGCUCAUCGUCGUAUGUUAAUGUCGGAUUAUGCUGUUUCACCUGAAAUUACGUCAAAAUGUAAAAAUGAAAUGAUUCAACAUUGUCAUACAUUAUAUCGACAAGGUGCUAGUGGUACAAUUGAUCAACGUGGUGGUCGAAUGAUUCAUUGUUUAUUCAAUGCAGCACGUCGAGAAAGCAAUUUUAGUCGUGAAUGUUUAUUUAACAUUAAAUCAUUAGUACGUGCUGUUGAUCCAGGUAGUGAUAUACGAGCUGAUCCAUUACUUGAAACAGCUUGUCGAUCUGUUAUUGACACAUUAUGUGCUAAAAUAAAACCUGGUGAUUCAAAUAUAAUUAUGUGUUUAUUGGAUAAUAUAAAAAAUACUCGUAUGACAGAAGAUUGUGAAGAUCGUCUUAUGGAAGUUGCGUAUUUUAUGGCACGGGAUUGGAGAUUAACACCAAAAUUAAUACGUACAUGUCAAAAAAAUCUCAUUGAUUUAUGCAAAUUACCAGAAAGUUGGUCAAUGAAUAAUAACAUGACUGACGUUCAAUUAGGACAAUAUUUAGGUUGUUUGUAUCAAAAAAAACAACAAUUAAGUGAUAAUUGUCGUAUUGAACUUAAAAGAAUUAUGAGUAUUCGAACGAAAGCAAUUGGUUUGAUGCCUGAAGUUGAAGAUAAUUGUAUGGCAGAUUUAGCAUUAUGCAAAAAUCCGGAAAUUAAAGGAGAAGAAUUAAAAUGUUUACAAAAGAAAUAUAAAAAACUUGAAAGUGAAUGUAAGACAGCUAUUCAAAAAUAUACAAAAAUGACAAUAUCUGAUCCAAGUCUUGAUUUUCUUCUUAUGAAAACAUGUGAACCAAUGAUACGAAUAUUUUGUUCGAAUGUUGAAAAUGACAAUGAAAACGAUUUACUUCGUUGUUUAGUUAAAAAUAAAAAUAAUCAAAAAAUGGAUUUUCGUUGUAAAACUAACAUUGAACACCAGCAAAUAAUAAGUUUAAAAGAUGCUGCAUUUUUAAGCGAACAAUUUCAAAAAAAUUGUAAUGAAGAAAUAACUAGUCAUUGUUCAACAAAAAAGACAAAAGCAUCAGUUAUUCAAUGUCUUGCUAAUCUUGUUCUAAUAGAUGUUACCAAGAAAACAAAGCGAAUAAAUGAAAAUUGUCGUAAUGAACUAAAAAUUGAACUUCUUCAGCGUAGUGAAAAUAUUAAUCUUGAUCCAUUAUUAGCUGCAGCAUGUCGAAAUGACAUACGUAAAUUUUGUUCAUCUAAACUUGCAGGCAAUGCUCAGAUUACUGAUUGUCUAAAAACUUAUCACAAGAAAGUGUCAGCAGCAUGUUAUGCUAGAUUAAGAAAACGUCAAAAACUUGAUGUUGUUCUACCUGGAACUGAUUAUAGUUUAACAACAAAAUGUGCUCCACUUAUUCAAAAAUAUUGUGCAAAUGAAAAGAAACAAAAUAUUUUAUUAUGUUUACGACGUAAUAUCAAUCAAGAUAAUACACCAAGUAUAUGUCGAAAUGUUUUAUAUCGUCGUUUAAUGAUUCUAAAUAGCGAUGCUCGUUUCAAUAAAGGUUUAAUUGAAAAUUGUCAAAAUGAUAUUGAUCGACACUGUCAAAAUGAAAUCAUCGAUGAUGAUGAUAAUGAUGAUGAUGAAUCCGAUGAUGAUGAUGAUAAUAAUAAUGCCAAUGAUAAUAAUAAUAAUAAUAAUGAUGAUAAAAAUGAUAAAGAUACUGAUGAUAUACAAGAUCGUGAUAUGGGUGGCCGAAUAAUAGGAUGUUUACGUUCAAAAUAUGCUAAUACACAAGUUGAACUAGAACCGAAAUGUAUCACAGAAUUAAUUGAUGUCAUUCAAACAUCAAAACUUGAUAUUGAAAUUGAUAUUAAACUUUAUCAAAAAUGUAAAAUUAUAAUUAAUACAAAUUGUACAGGUGUUGAUAAAGAAGAUUGUCUAAAAUUAUUAUAUCAAAAACAUCUUCUUCAGGAUAGUGGUUGUAGAGAAGAAGUUAGACGUAUUAUAAAAGAAGGACAAGCUGAUAUACAUGUUGACUCUGCAUUAUCAUCUGCAUGCCAAUUUGAUAUUAUUAAAUAUUGUAAUGAUGUCCCAAUAGGAAGUGGUAAACAAUUACAAUGUUUAAUAAAAAAGAGUAAAUCAGUCACGAAGGCUUGUCAAAGCAUUUUAUCAAAACGCCAAGAAUUAUGGAGAAGUAUCUCUCAUGUAGAUGAUAUUGAUGAUUUAGCAAGACAAAUUGUCAAUUCGGAUAAUAAAGUAUAUUUUUAUGCAGUUAUUAUUGCAGUAUUAUUUGUAAUAUUUAUAAUCGGUUGUCUUUGUCGUCCAUGCUUUCGUUAUCGUCGUAUGAAAAACUAUAAAAGAACUAAUUAA